GUUUGAAGGAAGUUAAUGCAACAAAACAAGAUGAUGUCAUCGAUUGUAGGCGUGUCCCUUCUGGCCCUGGUCCUAUCAGGAGGAGCCUGGGCGUUUGUACCCACCGGGGGCGGAGCCUCGUCUCAUGUCAGCAUAACACAAUCAGCAGUGCUAAAGAAGGUCACCGAGGUGUGCCGGGCCAUCGCUCAGUUAGAGGGACAAGACUUCAUCCAUCCGGGUGAUUCAGUUGAGGAAAUUGUCCACGCCUGUCUGGGUCCCACUGCUAUCGGGGAAGUGUCUGCCGCUAAGUUCAAAUCCUCCCUGAAUGAGAUUUAUGAACAGCACCCCCUAGUGGACCGAGACUUUGUGGACAGCCCACAGCAUCACUUCAACUCAGAGCUGUUCGCUCAGGGCCGAAACCUGAUCACCAGUGAGGUUUACAGCAUCAAGGUUAUUGUACGCGCUAAGAACUUCCAAGCUGCCAGAGAGACUCUGGGGAGGGUGUUACAUACACUCCAGGACUUCUACAGCCACAGUAACUGGGUAGAUCUGGGCUACACCCAACCAUAUAUCAACUUAUUACGCCCCGACCUCCCACUGGAAAACCUAGCGGAUUUCAAGACUCCAACCUGUAAGGACUGCACCAAUGGUGGGUUCUGUCCCAACUCCCUCUUACCUGACAUCCUCAGAAAGAAGAAACUCACGUCAGGAUACAUGGGGAUCUCCUCCAAAUUCAAGCCUAAUGGUAAGUGUAGUCAUGGAGGCGCUGCAGACCUGACCGGCUUGGAGAUUCCUUGGGGGGGCAUCAGCAAGGAUGAGCGUCGCCCCGACAAUGAGGCCCUGCACAACACCGCCAUUACCUUGGCUACCACCGCCAGCCUGCAGCUGUUGGACGACAUCCGGGGUGCCGCCGGUGACAAUGACUUUCUACGCCUUAUGGGCGUAGCACGUUCCUCAGUCUUGGCUUUUGUGAUCGACACCACUGGGAGCAUGAGUGAUGACAUAGCUGAAGCCGAGCGAAUGGUCAACCAGAUCAUCGACAGCACGCAGGGAACACAGGACGAGCCCUCCCUGUACAUCCUGGUGCCCUUCAACGACCCGGAAUUUGGACCCUUGAUAAGAACGACAGACCCUAACGUCAUGAAAGCGGAGGUUGAUAAACUCACCGCCCAUGGAGGUGGAGACCCACCAGAGAUGUGCCUAUCAGGACUGCAGUUGGCGCUGACCGGUGCCCCAGCAUCAUCCCACAUCUACGUUUUCACUGAUGUUGCUGCGAAGGACAUUUCACUAAAGGACACCAUCGUCGCCCUGAUCAGAAGCACCAAGUCCACAGUGUCUUUCUUCAUAACUGAUGGCGGAGCUAGCCGCAGGAGGAGGAGGCGUUCAGUUGAUAUGUUUGACAUCUACAGGGAUCUGGCCCUUGUGUCUGGAGGUCAGGCUAUUCGGGUCAGCAAGGCCAACUUGCCUCAGGCCACUGGGAUUAUUGCUGACUCAUCCACCUCUGCUCUGGUGACAGUGCUACAGCGAGCAAGGAACCCGGGCAAACCUGAGACGUUCUCCUUCCAGCUGGAUGAGUCUCUGACCAACAUCACCAUCUACAUCACUGGAAAUACCGUCGCCUUCACCCUCAAGAACCCGGCAGGCGUCACUCAGACAGAGACCGAGGCCAGCGGGAAACUGGGGACCGUCCAGAAAGUAGGCAACCUCUACCGGAUACGCCUGGCCUCCAACAAACAGACAGGAUUAUGGGAAAUCAACAUGAACUCCAACCAGCCCUACACACUGAAGAUCACGGGUCAGAGUACCAUUGCCUUUAUUCAUGAUUUUGUGGAAUCCUUUGGAGGGCCUCAUCCAGGAUACGCCCCGAUAUCUGGACGUCCAGAAUCAGGUGUUCCUGCAAUUCUAUUGGUGUCAGUGUUGGGCAAGAAGGGACCGGCCUCUUUCAAGAUCUCCGAUGUUGCCUUGGUAACAGUGUCAGGGUCAGAGGUUGUUGGUGGGAUCCUGGAAGGCAUGGGCAACGGCGACUUCCUUGUUACUGUAACCAAGGUCCCUGCGGGCGAGUUUGUGGUGCUGCUGAACGGGACCGACCUGGUUUCCUCCACUUUGUUCCAGAGACAGUCCACCACUCAGAUGUCCGUUUCCAAAGUUACCAUCAGGGCCGUGGUGGACAGAACCAUGGAGCCUGGUAAGGCCUUCACUCUUCCAUUCUUUGUCAUAUCAGACAGCACAGGAGGAACUUACAAAAUCAAUGCCAGGAAUGACAAAGACUUCACUAUGAACUACCCCACCAGCGUCAUGGUGGGGACCGGAGGAAACGCCACCGCUAAUCUGACCAUCACAGCACCCGCCAACACUGAGUCAGGGACGGACAUCACCCUGACCAUCGAGGCCGUGGCCCCGGGAUCUGUUGACUCCAACUACGUGGUCCUGCGCCUCUCUGUCGUCACCAAGGUGACAGAUUUCACUCCUCCUCAGUGUGAGGUGGUCAACGUUUCCGCGGUUGACUGUCCGGCCGACCCAGUGUUCUGCAACGCCUCCUUCUGGCAGCUCUCUGCUAACCUGACCGACGGCGUCAACGGCACGGGCAUCGCCACCCUCAAAAGCCGCCAGGGCGUUGGCAGCCUCACCCACACCGACCUGAAGCAGAUGUUUGUCGCGGCGUAUUUCAACGCCUCCUGCUGCUCUCGGACAGUGGAGCUGGUGGCGGUGGACAACGCCAUGAACGUCGGGACGUGUUUGCAUUCCCUGCCUUCCAUAACCACCUCUGCCGCCCCUUCCACUGCCCCUUCUUCAGGCCCGCCCACCGCCCCUUCUUCAGGCCCGCCCACCGCCCCUUCCACCACCCCUUCUUCAGGCCCGCCCACCGCCCCUUCCACCACCCCUUCUUCAGGCCCGCCCACCGCCCCUUCCACCGCCCCUUCCACCGCCCCUUCCACCGCCCCUUCCUCCGCCCCUUCCACCACCCCUUCUUCAGGCCCGCCCUCCCUCACCCUCAGCCUUCCACUAUGGUUCUGUCUCCUAGUUUCUGCCUUGCCAGUAUACCAUCCAGGGACCUACUGA